GCUUUAAUGAGUUAGGACGUCAUCUCGACCCGGCCGACGACCCGAAUAGACCCAAAACCCAAACCCAACCGACCUGCUAGUAGUGAUAUAAGGUGUAGACGACUUGACGUGAUAUAUAGAUAUAGAUAUUAGAUACACAAAGGCGUGAAAGACGCACGCACACAGACAGAUCUAUAAUUCCGGCAGCCGCCCAAAUUCAUAAUCAUAAUCAGAAGUAAAGAUGAUGUCCGGAAACUAUACUACCAUUGACAACCAGAAUGUAUCUGGAUCUGUUCCUGCUGUUUCUGAUCCUCCCGGUCAAGUUUCCGUAAAAUUUAACGAUAGUACUAGUCUUCAGACAUUUCCUCCAUCUGGAGCUGCACAUGGCAAGAUCGCAUCCGCCGGUGGACCGCCUCGUGAUGCCGAUGAUACAUUCUCGAAGCCAGUAUCUAAUUCAUCAGAACCACAACAAAGUGGCGGUUGGUUUAAGGUAUUUACAGUUGCUGCUUACCAGCCAUAUUUUGAUGUUGACACAUCUGAUGUUUUAGAGAGGAUCAAAGAUUCCCUCUUGCCUUUUCGUGGGAGCUUCAACGAGAAAACUGCUAGCAACCCAGACUUGUAUGGACCUUUCUGGAUAUGCACUACCUUGAUCUUCGUGGCAGCUUCGAUUGGUACAUUUGCAACCUAUUUGGCUCACAAGCUACAGCAUAAAGAGUGGAACUAUGAUAUAAAUCUGGUAACCUGGUCUGCUGGCUUGUUCUAUGGCUAUGUCCUUAUUGUCCCUUUGUGCUUGUACAUAAUUCUCAAGUACUUCUCUGCACCCUCAACCCUUGUUCAGCUAUUCUGUCUAUACGGUUACUCCUUGUUUAUCUUCAUCCCUGCAAUGUGCCUAUCUAUCAUUCCAGUGGAGAUAUUCAGAUGGGUGAUAACGGGUGUGGCUGGGCUGAUGUCGGCAUUGUUUGUGGCACAAAAUCUGCGGAACCACAUAAUGUCAGCUGGUGAGAGGUGGUUCUUGAUUGUUGCUGGGAUUUUUUUGUUGCAGUUGGCUCUCUCCUUUGUACUUAAGCUUUAUUUGUUCAAUAUCCAUGUGUAGUGUUUUACUUGUUGAGAAAAGCAAUUAUAGAAGGCUUAGAGUAAAUGUGAACUAAAUGAGUUGUUUAACGUUUGAAUAUUCCAGUGGACAGGAUAUAUAUUCUUUCCUUUUUUAA